AUGUUUGUGCUUUCCAAAGUUUCCGGUCAAGAUGCCUUGAGUCAAUCAGUGGUUAUAUACCCCUUGAAUUACACAGCAUGUGUGGUAGCCUUAACAGCUUCUGGACAAAAGUUAAUUUUAUACAAGGUGGAAUAUAAUGAGUUAAUAUAUUUGGAGAGUAUUGAUUUUGAUGAGAAAGUAUUAGCAAUUACAAAAAUAAAGAUUGAUGGCCAAGAAGCAGUGGUUUAUUUGGAUGAUCAGUCUCAAAUUGGAAUACUAUUUAUUGAUAACGAAUUUUGCACUACUAUAAAGAUUUUAGCUAAACUAUCAAGUACCGGGCAAAGUAAAAUUAUCGAUUCACCUGUUUAUAUGGUGGCUGAUCCAGCAGCAAACACUAGGUUCAUUGCAUUUCAUAUAUUCUGUGAAGUCGUUCACGUCUUCCAUUUCAAUAGUAUUCUGUCUGUCGAUGAUAUAUUGGGAAAGACUCCUAAUAACAGUGUUUCGCUGACACGUCGGAAAAAUAGGCGUAGCGAUCUUGGUAAAUGGUGGUCGCUUGAAUCGAUUUCAGUUGGAAGGAUUAAUGUUAAGCAGAUUGCAAUCUUGGAAAAGCCAACGAACACUAUGGCAAUUCUGUAUCGAGAUCUGAAUUCAAAUUUUUUCACAAGAUGCUUGCCAGUGAAAGGCAUAGAUCCGGUACAUGCAAAACAACCUAUAAUAGAAUUUGAACAGGAGUACCUUUGUUUAAUAAUCCCCAUACAGGUUGGAGGUUAUAUUGUAUUGUCAACUUUUAGUAUAUUUUACUUUCCUGAUGAUCAAAUUCAGUACAUGAGCACGUCAAGUGAGAUAAAUGAUAUAGCUAUUAUCCAAUCACACGUUAAACUUCAUUGCAUCAAGGAAUUGACCAAACCGGGGAAUGGCAUCAGUGAAGAAAAUUAUGUUUCAUUUGAAAUCAUUGACAAGUCUAGGUUUUUAAUCAUUGCAGAGUCUGGUAGAAGUUACUUGUUGUUUACUGAUAUGGAAAUAUCCUCUAAAACUACAAUUAUUAUCAAUCAAAUGACUAUGGUUAGCCUUGGAGAAGUUACUAUUCCUUAUUAUAAUGGUCUAAGUCAUAUAGCUGGAGAUUUGUUUUUCCAAAGUUCACAGUUCUCAAGAUCCGUAUUGUUUCUGGUGUUACCCGAGAAGCCACAUAUUCAUAUUAGAGCAUAUAUCGAAAGUAGUCCACCAGUGCUAGAUAUCAAAGACGGGUGUGGACAGGGAGUUGAGGAGUUGUAUACGUGUCAAGGGAGCUGGGAGGGCAGUGAAUUAAGGAAAUAUGGAGCAGUCCAGCACACACCAGAACUUCUUGAGACGAAAACCAUAGAUAUGCAAAUCGAAAGGUUACGAAUAGUGAACUCAACAGUCAUGGUUUAUAAUAUCGAUGGCGAUAGUGUGGCACUAGAAACCCACAACUUGAUGCCCAAAAUCACUCACUUGAAGAUAGAACUGAAUGUGUUGGAUUAUUAUAAGGACCCAGGUUUCCAGUGUUGUGUUACUCGUCUGUCUUUGCUUGUCAAUGGGAAAACUAUGGUGAAUGAAUCCUUUAUUUAUUCCAGUGUUGUGCCUGAAAUUAGUACCGUGGUUGCUGUUUCUGAUACCAAGAGCAUUCAUGUACAACUGAAAAACUACGAAUUCGCCUUUGAAAGUGAAAAACUCAAAGAAAUUACAAGUAUCGAUGCAAUUCAUGUUGGCAAUGGCGCACUUUUGAUUUUAGCAACUGAUUGGAGUGGAGAUUAUCGUAUUUGGAAAGUUGUUAACAAAAAAGCCAAAUUAAUCUAUUCUGGCGAAAUGAAAGAUCAGACUUUUGUAUUAGAUUCUGCCGUAGUACAAUCAGGUGAAAAUGACAUAAUAGCUUUUAUGCUGACCAAUAACGGAAGCUUACAUCAGUUACUUAUCCAUUUAACAGAGAAAAGGGUUGACAACGUUAAUUUUACCGAACAAUAUGUGAGUGAUGUCCCAUGUUUUUUGCGGAAAUACAAGAAUAAUGUGCUUGUUUUUAAUUUUAAACAUUUGGUGGCCUUGAAAAAAGACGAAUUGCUGGGGUUUUUUUUCAAAAAGUACAUACACGUCCCAAAGCUUCCCCUUGCCGAUGUAUGCUUUGCGACCGAAGAGGAAGUUUUAAUUGGAUAUCAGAAUGGCCGCAUAGAUAAAGUGAGAAUUGUAUUGCCACUGCAAGUUGUCAGUCAUCAAAGCUUAUUCUCAAAUAAACUAUAUCUUAAAUGCCUACCUGUUCCAUUAUCGAAAUUUUUAGUUGGUGUUGUUCUCGACUGUUCAAAGGAUUCCAUCAAUACUCAGCUCCAUUUGGUUAACACUGACUCUUUUGAAAAUUUAUCCAUCUUUGAAUUUGAUGAACCCCUGGGUGUCCAAGUUGUUGAUAUUUGCUUGAUACAAGAUUGGCAGAAUGAGAAAGCCCACAAGGAUGGUUUGUUUGUGUGUUUGACUCUGCUGACAGAAUUUCCAUUGUAUGUAUUUGGUAUUGAAGAGUCGAGAAUAGUUUGCUUAAAUCGUGGAGCUAUAUUGGGGAUAGACUUGUCACCCGAUGUUAAACUAAAUUCAAUUUCAUUGUUUGACCAAGAGGAGCAAACUUAUUUGUGUUCAGGAAAUAUCGUGGUUUUGGUUCAAUUAGAUAUAGACGAGAACUUUCAGUGGACAUUAGUCCCAAGGUCUGCUGUUCAUAGUCCCGCUUUUGUGGUAUCACAGUGGUCAAAUGAAAAUGUAGCAUAUUUGGCUGAUGCAAUUUAUGGUGCAUUCUCUUCUAAUGUUAACAAACUGGAAAAGCACAAUGCAAUGAAGCUAGUGAAAAUAGAUACAGAUUCUAUGGGGAAUCAAAUUACUGCAAUAACAGCUGUGAGACUGAAAAACUACACAUAUACUAUUAUUGGCGAUGCUCUUGGCAAUGUGAAUCUUAUUCAGACAGACUCAAAUGAUUCUCUGAUAUGUCGGGUCCACAAAUUCAAUAUUGGUGAUCAGAUAAACUGUAUUUUUGCUUUGGGUAGAAAGAAAUCAUGGGGAGCACAAAUUUGUGUAGUAGGAACAGUGCUGGGUGGUUUAUUUGUAUUGAACAAUACUGAUUUAAAUGGGUGUAAUGAUUCUUUGGUAGAAUUUGCUGCAAGAAAUCAUCUCGAGCUUUUAGAUUGUGAUGGAGAGCUGGUGAACAAUAAUGAGAAAUCUCAAUGUAAAGAAAUUGUUAGUGACACCGUCAUUGCAAGAGUAUUGAGUCACAUUAUUGCUAAUUCAAGCGAGUUUUCACAAACCUACAGUAACUUAUACCUGAACAGAAAUCUAUUACAGCUGGUACAUUUUGAGUGUAAUAGUUUAUAG